AUGGAGUCUUCUGCUAGCUGUUUGGAUAAUAAGAACCAUAAAAAGCCAAGUGUGGUUCAUGUAUGCUCUUCUGGUUGUUUAUGUUUAUGGAAAUCUAAUUUCUUCUUUUGCUUCUCUUUCAGUAAUAGUUAUGCACGAGUGCGAGCUGUGGUGAUGACCCGGGAUGACUCAAGUGGUGGAUGGUUACCGCUUGGAGGGGGUGGACUAAGCUGUGUCACAGUCUUCAAAGUCAUUCCCCAGGAAGAGAAUAGCUGUGCUGAUUUUCUUAUCCAUGGAGAACGACUCAGGGAUAAAACGGUGGUCUUGGAAUGCACAUUAAAGAAAGACCUUGUUUACAACAAAGUUACUCCUACUUUUUACCACUGGAAGAUUGAUGACAAAAAGUUUGGCCUCACAUUUCAGAGUCCUGCUGAUGCAAGAGCAUUUGAUAGAGGUAUUCGGAGAGCAGUAGAGGAUAUUUCUCAAGGUUAUCCACCCUCCCAAAAUGAUGUUGAAGUGGCAGAAGACUGCUUUCAAACUGCUCAAGAAAAUACAUCAAGUUCACUAAUGAAAGAUCACCUUUUUCAACAUGAAACUGUAGUAACCAGUGAAACUUACAACAGUGCAAAUUUAAGGCCUUCAACAUUUGAGGAUUUCAACACCAGGAGAGCUUGUUUACCAAGCCAACCUAACCAGGUCCCACUGAAGUCAAUCAGGCAUGUUAGUUUUCAGGAUGAAGAUGAAAUUGUCAGAAUAAACCCUCGUGACAUUUUGAUACGUCGUUAUGCAGACUACAGGCAUCCUGACAUGUGGAAGAAUGACCUGGAGAGGGAUGACGCAGACUCAAAUAUACCGUUAUCUAAAUCAGACAGUAAAAAAUCUGACUAUUUAUACCCAUGUGGGGAUGGAACUAAGUUGAAUUCCCUAAAAGACUCAAAGAGUUCUGUGGUAUUUAAAACUCAGCCUUCCUCAUCAAAAUUUAAAAACUCGAAAAGAAGAAAAGAGGAUGGUGAGCGUUCCCGCUGUAUAUACUGCCAGGAAAGGUUUAAUCAUGAAGAUAAUGGCAGAGGAAAAUGUCAAGAUGCACCAGAUCCUAUUAAAAGAUGUAUCUACCAAGUUAGUUGCAUGCUUUGUGCAGAGAGCAUGCUGUAUCACUGCAUGUCAGACUCUGAAGGAGAUUUCUCUGAUCCUUGCUCGUGUGACACUAGUGAUGACAAGUUCUGCUUACGCUGGUUAGCACUGGUGGCACUUUCGUUCAUUGCUCCAUGUAUGUGCUGCUACCUCCCCUUGAGAGCAUGCCAUCACUGUGGUGAGGUGUGUGGGUGCUGUGGAGGAAAGCAUAAAGCUGCAGGAUGA